AGCUGGUCAAAACGAUAUCGGAUAUUGGAACCCAUGAAAUUUAUCGUUAUGACGACGGGUAACAUGAACUUUCAAAACGAAAAUGGAUACAUCAAAAAGUCCAAAGGUUUUAAUUGCUAAUGUUAACAGAUACGAUGAAUAUAACAUCGCACAGUAGGAAAAUCCUCAAAAAAUGAAGAUGAAGAGGCUAUGGAGGAGGAAAACGAAGAGGAAUCGAAACCAUCAGGUGUUAUUCAGGGAUAUACAGUAUACGGCACUUUAGAUGAAGGGAUAAAACACACUCCAGAUUUCGUCAAUAUUAUAACGGUGGAUGAAAAACGUGAGAAUUUCAUCGAAAAAGUUAUGCAGUGUGACUACAUAAUCUACAACAUUAAAGAUGAUUAUAAGGCAAUUGAUGAUGCCUUAUGGAUAUUGGAAAAACUACACGAUAAUCUUGAUAAGUUUGCCGCACAAAAACAAUUUAUCCUCAUCUCAUCGGUGUUAACAUGGGCAAAAAGUUCACUACCAGAUCCAAAUGAUCCAGAGAUGCCGUUCACUGAUGAUGAUUACCUGAGAAGAAAGGCACAUUCUAAUUAUAAAGAGCACAUACUUGCUGAGAAGUCAGUAAUACAACAAGGGAAAACAAAUAAAUUGAAACUACUCACUUAUGUGGUGGCAUGUGGUGUAACAUACGGAGAGACUCAGAAUGUGUUCCAUCAUUUUUUCAAGGCUGCAUGGAAUAAUGAACCAUUUCUUCAAUUUCCUGGAGACGGAAACAACAUUGUGCCGACAAUACAUUUACGUGAUUUAACCAGUAUUUUACAGUUAAUUAUGGAGAUGAGACCAGCAAAGCAUUAUAUCCUGGCAAAAGAUGAUUCUCAGAAUACACUGCGUGAAAUCGUCAAAGCUAUUUCCACAAGUAUGACAACAGGCAGAGUGAGAUCUAUAUCCAAAGAGGAAGCACUGUUUUGUAAAGAUUUAACGCAAAGUCAUCUAGACCAACUUCUAGUCUCCCUACGCAUGGAUGCUGUAUACAUUAAAGAAAACCUUCCAAUUAAAUGGACUUAUGAAACAGGAAUUGUAGAGAAUAUUAAUGCAAUAACUAAAGAAUAUAAACUAUCACGUCAAUUAUUACCUAUACGAUUGUGUAUUCUUGGUCCACCGGCCAGUGGGAAAACAACGUUGGCUAAAAAACUAUGUGAAUACUAUAAGCUUCCACAUAUUCAUAUCAAAAGUGUAAUAGAUGACUCGAUUGCGAAUCUAAAAAAACGUGUUCAACUAGCAGAAGAAGCCCAAGUGGAUCCAUAUCAAAAUCAGACUGGAAGUGAAGAAGAACACGCUAGUACUGCUGAUGUUGAACUUCUGGAAGCUAUUCAACAAAAUUUGGAGGAAAAUAAUGGUCGCCUUGGUAUAGAAUAUGUAACCACCUUAUUUCAAGAGAAACUUAAUUCUAAACCAUGUCAAAAUCAAGGUUACAUAAUUGAUGGUUAUCCCAAGUCUAAAAAGCAAGCAGCUGCUUUAUUCGCUGUUGGUGGCGGUGUUGGUGAAGAAGAAGACGAAGAGGAGCAGGAAGAAAAUGAAGAAGAAGAUGAUGAAGGUGGUGAUAACGAUGGAACAAAAUCGAACAAAAAGCUAGAUCUUGGACAGUCAGCCAAUGAAAUAUUCAAAAAGAAAUAUUUACCACCUGAAACAGAUGCGGUGGAUGUGACUAAAGAACCAGGCCUUUUACCCACACAACCAAUACCUACACAACUUCCUAAAGGACUAUUGCCAGCCUAUGUAUUUGAACUGCAGGCGACUGACAGUUUUCUACGCGAUCGUAUAAUGAACAUGCCAGAGUAUAAAGUACACGGGACACAUUAUACUGAGGCUGGUUUUUGGCGUCGUCUAACCGAGUAUCGUACUAAUCAGUUAGGCGUCAAUCCAGCUAUUUCUCCGGUAUUAAAUCUUCCCGGUACACCGGGUUCAGAUCCUGAAGCUGAACAAAUCAGUCCAAAUCCAUUGAGUCCAUUGGCGUCGGCAAGUAUUCAUGAAAAUUCUGUUAGAGCAUAUUUUGAUUCAAAAGGAAUUCUACAAAUCCCUGUGAAUAUAAUGACGGAUGAAAGUGAAGAAUUAGAACAAACCUUUAGAAAAUUAGUCUAUUUCAUUGGUCCACCGCGUAAUUAUGGUCCAACUGAUGAAGAGAUUGAAGCACAACGAUUAAAUGAAGAGAAACAGCGUAUGGAGUUUGAAAGAAUCGCUGAAGAGCAAUUUUUAACAAAAAGUUCAGUUAGCAGAAGCAGCACGUAGUCAAAGAAUUAAGGAAUGGCAAGAAAAACAGGAGGCCUUAGAGAAAGAAGAACAGGCCUGGUUAAACAAAGCAUCGGAACCACUGAGAGCUUACCUAAGUAAGCACAUAAUGCCUGUACUAGCCAAAGG